AUGCCCGACAUGGCGCGUUACGAUCCCUUCUCACCUACUUUCGACCAUCCUCUACUAAAUUCCAGCCCGGACUACAGUUCGCGGAAUGGCUCGUUGGGAUCCAGUCGUCCUAUAGGCGACAUGAGCGCCGUCACAAACCAAAUAUCUUUUCGUGAAAGAAAUAAACGGCUACGAGGCCUUGAAGAGGAGAGAAACCGAAUGAUCGAGGAACUAUUGUACCAGCUUGAAAGUACUCAGAUCCAACUGGACCGACUGCAGCUUGAGAACAGCAGAGAAGCCCAAUAUAACAGAGAGGGUCAUCUGCGAGAAGCCACUCUUCAUGAACAACUGAUUCAGGUCAAGGCAAUUAUGGACCGAAAUCCUUUCAUUACGGUCCUCCUCGAUGGCGAUAAUAUGAUUUUCACAAAGGAGUUAUUGUCAAAAGGCGAAAAAGGUGGUCAAGAGGCGGCAAAUAUGAUUUUCGAUGCCGCCACGGCCUUUGCUGCAGAGCAUCUCCACCAUCUCGACGCCCCCAAGAUCCUCACGCGAAUUUAUGCCAAUGUUAAAUCGUUGUCUGAAACCUUGACCAAACUGAAAAUCAUCGAACGCCCGUCGUUGUUCGACGACUUCGUGCGCGGCUUGAACAGCACUCAACUGUCCUUUGACUUUGUCGACGCCGGAACCCGACCAGACAGCACCAAAGAAAAGGUCUUGGACCAAUUCAGGACCAGUCUCUAUGAUUGUCAUUGCCAUCAAGUCAUUCUUGGAUGUUCUAGUGACGGCCGUUACGCGAAACUGCUUGAAGAUACGAUAAAAGAUACCACCGUCCUGAGUCAUAUCACCUUACUGGAAGGCGUACCAUUUGAGAAGGAGAUUGCGACUUUGAAGGACAAUUUCAAGACCGCAAAAUUUGACAAUGUGUUCCGUGUCACAAAACUGGCCACUGCAUCGGCGAUGCCCAAAGGGCCACUACAAGCCGUUACGGCAACCCUGCCCGCCCUUUCGCGUGUCGAGUCAAAUGGCACAAACGGGUCGGCGUCAAGUUCAAGCACACCGGCUCUGACUUGGGCCUCGUUGACCGCACAGCCCUCGGCUCCGGCCUCAAAAGCGCCCAGCACCACGCGGACGUCGACGCCAACCUCAAUGAAAAGUCCGGAGGCUGUGGUUGCAAAGCCAGUGAUCAAGACGAUUGAGAGAAACCGGCAUGGUCAACGCAUCGAUAAAGUCGACUCCUCCAUCCCCAACCACGAAAUCCAGCGGAUCAAGAAACUCAAGCUCUGCAACAUUUUCUACCUCCAGGGCACAUCGUAUUGCACAACUAACAAUUGUUCUCACUCGCACACUUAUCCUCUUUCAAAAGGCGAGCGCAACGUGCUGCGAGAAGUGGCCCGCAUGACUCCUUGUUAUUACAAACUGGAUUGCACGGAUCCCGAGUGCAUCUACGGGCACCGGUGUCCCCAGAAUAAGCCAGAUGAGUCAGGCUGCUGGUAUGGCGAGGACUGUCGGUUCUUUGGCUGGGGGCACGGGAUUGAUACCAGAGUGGUUAAGACGACCAAAGUUUGA